CCACCUAAUGUUUUCGGUGCUAUAUUCACACUUUGCGAAAAGUGUUUUCCUGUCGCUAUGCAGCUAUAACUGUCUCAGAGCGCACAGAUGUGAUCUGAAUGUGCAAAACGUUUCUCGGUGCAUAUCGCGUUUUGUAGCAUCGGUUGUGUUUGCUACCGAACGUCAAGGGAUCGACUGGGUCACUUCUCCAUGAAGACAGGUGUUCCACUCUCCCAGCGACAAGUCGAAACACCUAACAUUCUAAAUGUUGCUUAAGUUUAUGAAUAUUGAGUAACAUUCCAGACUUCUUUAACCGGCUUGAACUGACAGCCGGUUACGAAGGAUCAAGAUGAGUGCCGUCGCUGCAAUUCGACUCUACAUUGACAAGAUGAUAGAAGAAAGUGGGCCGGGAAUGAAAGUGUUGAUGAUGGAUAAGGAAACCACGACCACAGUGAGUGUCGUAUAUGCUCAGUCAGAAAUGCUGCUCAAGGAAGUGUACCUCUUUGAGAGAAUUGAUGUGUGCGCUGGUACUGAGACUAUGAAGCACAUGAAAUGCAUAGCAUUCCUGCGGCCGAUUCGAGAGAAUGUGGAGCUACUUGUCCAGGAACUCAGAAAUCCCCGCUACGGCCAAUACUAUAUCUAUUUUAGUAACACAGUGAACCGCAGUGACAUCAAAGAGCUUGCGGAGGCUGAUGACCAAGAGUGCAUUCAGGAAGUCAAGGAGUUCUUUGGGGAUUAUGUGGCCUUGGCACCUCACCUAUUUUCAUUCAACCUGACUGGCUGCUUUCAGGGUCAGCGCUGGAGCACGGCUGCCUUUGAGAGGAGCGUUCAGGGCCUGGUGGCACUGCUGCUCAGCCUGCGCAAGGCUCCCGUGGUGCGCUAUCAGUGCAACUCAGAGCCAGCACGGCGGCUAGCUGAAGGUGUCUCGCAAUGGAUGAAAAGAGAAGCCAAGCUCUUUGACUUCAGGAAACCGGAGGUGCCACCUUUGCUGCUAAUCUUGGACCGCAGAAGUGAUGUAGUGACACCACUCCUAAAUCAGUGGACAUAUCAGGCAAUGGUUCACGAGCUGCUAAAAAUCCAAAACAAUCGAGUCAACCUUUCUCAAGUUCCUGGCAUCUCACGAGACCUGCAGGACAUGGUGCUGUCAGAAGAUAAUGACGAGUUCUACAGCAACAACAUGUAUAAGAACUUUGGUGAGAUUGGUUCUAACAUCAAGGACCUCAUGGAAGAGUUCCAAGCCAAGACAAAAAGUCAUGAUAAAGUUGAGUCCAUAGCUGACAUGAAGGCAUUUGUGGAGCACUACCCUCAGUUCAAGAAGAUUCAGGGGACGGUGGCCAAACAUGUCACAUUGGUUGGCGAACUGUCACGCCUAGUCGGUGCCCACAGCCUACUAGAGGUGUCUGAAGUCGAGCAAGAAAUUGUGGCCACCAGGGACCACUCAGACCUUCUCAAGCGAGUGCGAAGCUUGAUUGGCAGCAGCAAAGUGCGUGACAUCGACAGCCUACGUUUGGUCAUUCUGUAUGCCUUGAACUUUGAUAAACAUAGCAGCAACGACAUCAGUGGCCUAGUGCAGCUCCUGAAGAACAGAGGCAUCCCUGAAAAUCUAUUACGAAUGAUACCGGCAGCGCUUGAUUUUCAGGAACGCAGGCUCCAGCCUAACGAUAAGUUCAGUGCCGAUAAUGUGCGUGCCUUUACAAAGAAAGUCAUCAAAGGUCUAAAGGGUGUCGAGAACAUCUACACACAGCAUGUGCCACUUGUCUAUGACAUACUAGAAGACUUGAUGCGAGGUCGGCUAAGAGACAGUGCUUAUCCUCAAGCCUAUGCUCCGUCGGACAGCAGCAACAUUCUGCGCUACCAAGACAUAACAGUGUUCAUUGCGGGUGGAGUGACUUAUGAGGAGUCCCUCUCUGUAUACAAGCUCAAUGUAGCGAACCCUACAGUUCGCAUCAUGUUGGGGGGAACUUGUGUCCACAAUUUCUCAAGCUUCCUGGAUGAACUUCGAGCUGCAUCUAGUGAAUACACAAGGUCGGGAAGACGUCUGUAAGAUUGACAUUCCAUGUUUUCAAUAUGUGCUCUUGUCUGAUUGACAUUAGUGUUUGCGUAUCAUCGGAAGAAGGACUUGCAUUUGGACGUGGAGAGAUAUCUCUUAUUAUUAGGAGGUGGUGUGAAGUGCUGCUGUGAAUGUGAAGAAGUGGGAUGUGGUGGCAUCCUUGGCACUUGUUAAAAGAGGAGUCUUGUUGACACCAACUGCAACUUUGUUAAGCUUGUGUGAAUAUUGUAAAGUUCUUGCUGCAUCUAAAUGUGUGGAAUUAAACAUUGUAUGAAUAAGAACUGUACCCUUCUUCUGUGCUUGAAAUAAAGCUGUCAUAAGGUCCAA